AUGGAAAACACGGUUGAUGCUCACCGUCUCCAACUUUCAUUUCCGUUAAGCUCCGGCGUCGAAACCCAUCAAAGCUUAGAAACGUAUGGGUUAUACAAAGAGACGCCGUUAGUCUGCAUGCCCUUUUCUAAUCUCACUGUAACGGAGCCCUUUAACGGACCUGAUACGUUUGAUAUCACUUCUCUAUUCUCUCCUGACCCAAAACUCGAACCCGCAAACCAGCGUCGGGUGUUGGAUGAUUCCAUCGGGGCCAUAGUGGGUGAAAACGUUUUGCUCGGUAAUAAUAACAACAAACAAGUCUCUGAGAACUUAACGGCGACGGAGACAGCAGACGGCGUGAAGCGGUGGAGGAAGAUACCGCAGAAGAACGGAGGGUUCAGAGGAGUGAGAAAGCGUCCGUGGGGGAGGUGGUCUGCGGAGAUAAGAGACAGGAUAGGGAAGUGCAGACACUGGUUAGGAACGUUCGACACGGCGGAGGAGGCUGCACGUGCGUAUGACGCUGCGGCGAUGAGGCUUAGAGGGACCAAAGCCAAGACUAACUUCGUGGUUCAUCCGGUCUUCCCGGAGGAGGUAGCUGAGACUCAGUCGUCAACGUCACAUCGGUUAAAGAAGAAGAAGAAGGCGAAUGUGAGGAAGUGUGUUAAAGUCACAUCGGUUGAACAAUUGUUCAGUGAUACCACUAGGAACUUAACUUCUAGUAAUGAUGGGAACGUGAUUAGUCCUUUUAACAAUCUUGAAAAAAUGGGCUUAGAGGUUGAUUUGAAGUUGGGUUUAGGAUUAUUUAGAAACUUUUAG